AUGGCCAUCUCCCUCGCCAACAGCUCCUGUACCCCGACGCGGCUGGGUCUACCUAUUGAAGAAAAGGGGCAAAAACAGAGCAUGUGGCAUCGAUUGGGGCUUCGACGAUGGCUGGGCCGCGAAGAUCGAGACUUGGGACGAGAUGACUCCCCCCACGAUAACGACCGUGAUUCUUCCCUCAACUCAUCCAAACCCGACAAAAUAACCCGUCGUCUCUCGCGUCGAGUCGGUGUCGGUCUUCCUCGUUCUACUACCUUUACACGCCGUAAUUCCGAAUCUCGCGAUCGCCUGGCGCCCCUAGAGCCCGAGCACCGCCGUGCUCAUUCGGUCGACCGCCCGCUAAGUGCCCAAAGAACGAGGUCUCCACCGCCAAACGUGGACCCACGACUCUCCGCGCCAGAGGUUCAGUGGCUCGGCCCGCUCGCUACCACGGUCGACGAAGUCCUGAACACCGCGUACGAGAAUGAAAACGAACUCCACUGGGAUCCUAAUCCCGACGUGACCCCCGAAGCCCCUGAAGAGCCCCCGGUGCCGGCGCCGGCGCCUGACACACUCGAGAUGGAUUUGGAACGGCGAUGGAUCCUCAAUUUAAGCAUGCACUUCCGAGAUCGAUCGGAGCGAGAGAAGUUCUUCGUGACCUAUGCGGAAAGCCCGACUCGAUGGCGGCGUGUGACGAUAUCUUGUGAUUACCGAGACGCGCCGCCCGAUUCGCUCGAGCAGGACCUGAAGGAGCUGCGAUACCAACGCGACAAGUGCGCCCGCAUUUACGAGUCGAUCCGUGAAUCACUCCCUGAAAUUCAAUUCUACGAUACCGUGACAAAUCUGAAAGUCGAAACACGCGAUGGCCGCCUACACGUUCAUGUCACAGAGGACGUGAACGAAACAAUACCCUACCCUCCCAUCUCGAGCAUUGGACAUUUAAGGGGCGCCCGAUGCGUCCCGGAGCAUUUCCUGCAUUUCGAAUCUCAUUUGUCAGGGUUUGUUUACAAGGUUCGGCUGGGUGGAAAGGCCUUUAUCAAGAAGGAAAUUCCGGGCCCCGAUACCGUUGACGAGUUCCUUUAUGAGAUCAAUGCCCUCCAUGCUCUCAAUGGUGCGCCCAAUGUUAUCAGUGUGGAGGGGAUUGUCGUCGAUGAGCGUCAGGAGAAGGUCAAGGGAUUGUUGAUCAGCUACGCCGAGCAAGGUGCGCUGGUCGACAUCUUGUAUGAGCAGCGUGGGGAAAUCUCCUUCGAAAGACGAGAGGUAUGGGCGAAACAGAUAGUCCAGGGGCUGUGUGAGAUUCACGAGUCGGGCUAUGUCCAAGGCGAUUUCACUUUAUCGAAUAUCGUGGUGGACGCAGACGACAACGCUUCGAUCAUCGACAUCAAUCGCAGGGGCUGCCCUGUGGGCUGGGAACCACCGGAGAUUGCUGCGAAGAUUGAAAGCAACCAGCGCAUCUCCAUGUAUAUUGGAGUCAAGACGGACCUUUAUCAGCUCGGAAUGACGCUCUGGGCUUUGGCUAUGGAGGAGGACGAACCAGAAAGACAACAUCGGCCUUUGCUUUUGGGUGAUGUGGAUGUGCCUGAUUAUUACCGACGAAUUGUUGAUAUCUGCCUCAGCCCGACUCCUCGACAUCGACUGUCUGCGAAAGAACUCCUUUCAUUCUUCCCUCCGGAUCUUCUUUCGAGACAAAUGUACCCGGUGAACCGUAUCCGAGAACUGCCCUACAGCAAUCUCCCUCCUCUUGUUACGAAAAGCAGCAGGGCCAGUCCUCCAAUUGUAAGAGAGACCCCCAACCACAUUACCUCCCAGGACUCGUUCGAGAAGUAUACACACGCACAUCGCGACCCUUCACCACAUCACUAUUUCGACGGCCAUGAUCAAGCGAAGCGAUCAACUCCAACACUUGCAGGAUCCAAUACUGGAGUCAGGUUUCCUUCUGGGCAUUCUUCAACCUCCACUUUGAACCACGAGCCUCACAAUAGCGCUGGAUGUUGGGACUCCGCCGGAUCUCCAGAUGAUCUCACGCCUGCAGUCCUUGUGGAAAGCACAGUGCAGAAUGCCGUCCCACCUGUAUGGGCUAACACGAUGAGCAAUGGUCCCGUUUCUCACGAGCCCGAGGAACCGACAGUUUCGGAAGAGUCUGUCAGGUUCGACAAGAGCGAAGUUGGAGAUGCGCCAUACUCUAUUAGCCAUCAUAUACCACCUGCGCCUGCCUCUGAGCAACCCUCAAUCGACUCUUGCAGCCCGCCUCGAUACAGCGAAUCAAUUCUACAAAUCCCUUUUCUGGAGGAACGAGUCCCUGAACCCAUCCAAGAGACUGCCUUGACUGAGCCACAGACAAACAAACCUUCACCUUCACCUCCACCUUCACCUUCACAGUCAUCGCCAUCCCUCCUCCUCUCAAUGCUUCCAAUCAACCCCGCCUUCAACACCUCGCGGCCUAGCUCUUAUCCUAGUGCAAGAGGCGCCAAUGCAUUUUCAAAACGGCCUCAAUCCAGCCACUCCAGACUCUCCUCCUUCCUUUCCGAGUCUCUUCUACCAAUCAAUCCUGCUUUCCUCUCUCGGUCCAGACCUUUCUCUACGGAUGCGGCGAAAGACAUCACCCCAUCUUCCGACCGACCCAAGUCAAACCAUGCCAGACUCAAUUCCUUCCUCACCGAAUCUCUCCUGCCCAUCAAUCCCGCCUUUAAAGAAAGAUUCUCCCGCCGUACCUAA